AUGGAACCUUCUCUAAAUCCUCUAAGACAGCAAAUUUGGGAAUUGAAGAUAGACCCAAGGAUUCAAGCUUUCUUGUGGAAAAUGCUUUGCCGAGCUAUUCCUGUAGCUGAAAGAUUGGUCACUAGAGGUAGCCCUGGGCACGGAGCGGAUAUCCGGAAAUUAUCCGUGAUCCGUGAUCCGAUCCGUCUGAUCUGGAUAACUGAUUUUCCGAUCCGAUCCGAUCCGAAGAUUUUCGGAUACCCGAAAAUCCGGAUAUCCGUAAAAACAAUAAAUAUGGGCUGUGUUAACAAGGUUUUAUAUAAACCUAGUAUGAAAAUGUAA